AUGAAAACUUUGAAUCGUUAUGAUGUUGCCAUCAUUUUGUUCUUCACAAUGCUCGUGUUGGCUGCGAUUGCACAUGCAGUGGAAACAACGUUCAUUGUUCAUCUUGAGCAGCCAGAGAUGGAGUUAACUACUUUGCAUGAUCGCAAGAAAUGGUACACCUCAUUUGUAGGCCAAGAAAAAGUUGUGAUGUAUGCUUACAAGGAUGUGUUGAACGGAUUCGCUGCUCGGUUGACGGAAGCGGAAGUGGAAGCAAUGAGAGAGAUGCCAGGCUUUAUCGCAGCGUAUCCAGACGCACUACUGCCAUUGCACACGUCCUAUUCCGCUCAAUUUAUGGGCCUCUCUACCACUCGGGGACUCUGGCCGGCGACUGACUUCGGCAAGGGGGUUAUAAUUGGGAUGUUGGACACGGGUGUAUGGCCAGAGAGUCCUUCCUUCGACGACACCGGCAUGCCUUCCCCGCCCUCCAAGUGGAAGGGUAUGUGUGAAAGUGCCCCUGAUUUCAAUUCAUCCAACUGUAACAACAAGCUAAUCGGAGCCCGAACCUUUCUCAGCGGCCAAACAGAGGGUAAUCCCAGUCCGCGCGACGGAGAAGGUCAUGGCACUCAUACUUCAUCUACCGCUGCCGGUACCCGCGUUGCAAAUGCCAGCUUGUUCGGUUAUGCCGCAGGAACGGCGUCUGGCAUGGCUUCGGGUGCUCAUGUAGCCAUGUAUAAGGUCUGCGGCCCCACUGGGUGUUUAUUAUCGGAUGUUCUGGCAGGCAUGGACCAAGCGAUGGCCGAUGGAGUCGACGUUCUAUCGAUCUCUAUUGGAGGAAACAGUCAGCCGUUCGACAACGAUCCCGUCGCCGUGGGGGCCUUCACUGCGGUACAGAAAGGCAUUUUCGUCAGCUGCUCCGCAGGCAACGGCGGGCCCGGUUACUCUACCCUUGCAAAUGAGGCACCCUGGAUCAUGACCGUGGGCGCGAGCACCAUGGACAGAAAUUUCGUCGCAAAUGUCCAACUGGGGGACGGGAGGGUUUUCUAUGGAGAGUCUCUGUGCCCAAGCAACGUACUUUCGGACUCGCUGCCGCUGGUCCACAUCCCCACAGAGAGCGGAAAUUUGUGUCUCAACGGGAGCCUCAGGUCCAGUGAUGUUGCAGGAAAGAUUGUGGUGUGCGAACAAGGCGCAAUAGCAAGGGUGACGAAGGGUGAAGUGGUUCGAGAAGCGGGAGGCGCGGGCAUGAUAUUCAUGUCGAACAGUUCGAUAGGAGAGGAAAUCAUAACAGAUCCUCAUGUCUUGCCAGCGACCUCCGUCGGCCACACAUCUGGACUCGCCAUCAAAGCUUACGCCGCCUCAUCGAAAUCAGCGACUGCAGCAAUAGAUUUUAAGGGCACCGUGUUCGGCAACGUAGAAGGGCCUGCUGUGGCGUCUUUUUCCUCGAGGGGUCCGAGCUCUGUAAAUCGGGAAAUCCUGAAGCCGGACGUCAUAGGCCCCGGUGUUAGUAUUCUUGCCGCAUGGCCUUUAGACCUCAGCCCCACGGGCCUCCCUGAGGACCAGAGGUUGGUCAAAUUCAAUAUAAUUUCGGGCACCUCCAUGUCCUGUCCCCAUGUAAGCGGGCUUGCUGCUUUGCUUAAAGCAGCUCAUCCAGAGUGGAGCCCAGCUGCCAUCAAAUCUGCACUCAUGACUACGGCAGGCGUUAUUGAUAAGAAAGGCCUACCCAUCCUUGACAGCGCCACUAACAUUUCAGCAGACGUUUUCGCUACAGGAGCAGGACAUGUAAAUCCGGAAAAUGCAGCGUACCCAGGCCUUGUCUAUGACCUCUCACCGGCCGAUUACAUUCCAUACCUUUGCGGCCUAAACUACACAGCUAGCCAGAUUCGGCUCAUCGUGGGUACAAAUGUGACUUGCCCCACUGACCCUGAGAGCACUCGCCCGGGAAAUUUAAAUUACCCAUCCUUCUCUGCGCUUUUCGACAUAACAGCUGCACCGGUCACUACUGCCUUCAAACGAACGGUGACUAAUGUUGGGGCCGCGAACUCGACAUACGUCGCCAGCAUUGAGGCGCCCCUUGGAGUGGAGGUUACUGUGACUCCAUCAGUUUUAUUCUUCAAGGAAGUGAUGGAGAAGCAGAGUUACAACAUCAAAUUCACGGUAUCUACUCCAGCAGCACACUCUUUUGCUCAAGGUUCUCUUACAUGGGUUUCCAAUUCCACCUCUCUUGUUUACAACGUUAGAAGCCCCAUAUCCAUUGUCUGGUAUAAACCAUAA